GAAAUGACGUCAUAAAACUGAGCCCUGGAAGCAAAACGGGACGAAGAAGCAAAUAGGGCAGUGACACCUCCAUCACUGAAUCGCGCACGGAGUCCAUGUUUCAGGCGGGAGUUCCAUCGUCGGUCGGGAGCUGAUGACACAGCACUUUUUUAAAAAAGAACCACAAAUCAGGUCGGGAGGCCCCAACCCUGGCUGUGACGUCACACAGGCGGAACCAAAGCGCAGGGGUGCUGCUCCGCUGCGGCGCCGACCCAACCCACCGCGGUGCCGUGAAACCCCCCCCCAGACUGACGUGGUUCGGCCCUCUACUGUUCGAACCUGGAGCGGGAGAAGCUGCUGACGUGACAGCGCAGAACCACCGUUCUGACUGAGGCCCGGUUCGACCCACUCCAGCCACGUGAGAGCAGUGCGCGAGCGAUAUCGGAGGUCAGGCCGCGGGUGUGUGCGUGUCCGCUCGCCGGGAGCUAACGCGGCUAAGCUAACGCGAGGAGCCGGGAUGGACCGCAGCACCGCUCUCAAGUCUCUGCUGCUGGCGGUCCAACAGUACCGGGCCAGCAGGACGGCGCUCAACGCGACCAAGCUCCAGAAACAGGUGGAGGAGCUGUCGGGCCUCCAGGUCGACUGGCUUCUGUCGUCGGGUCAGGUGCUGCCCACCGAGUGUGUGAGUGGACUGGUGGAGCUGAUCGGGAACCAGAACACCAGCCCGGAUCUGAGCGGCACCAUCGUCAGCCUUCUGGCUCAGCUCGCCGGUGACGACUGCAGUCGUCAGAUCCUCCACAGCAGCUUCAGCCUCACCAGCAGUCUGGCCUCCGUCCUCCACCGCUACAGCGCCACCCCUGCCGAGCCGCUGGUACUGCAGAGCCUGCAGGUGCUGCAGAAACUGACCUACCACACACAGGUCUCGCCCUCCACCAGCUACAUCCAUGAGCUGCUGGCCUUCCUCAUCACCAACAUUCAAUCCCAGGAUGAUGACAUCAUCAUGCCGUGCCUGGGCGUGAUGGCCAACCUGUGCCGGGACAACCCUGCUCUACAGAGUCACAUCAAGAGUCUGGAGCAGCUCAAGCCCUUCUACCGCAGCCUCAUCAACUUCCUGGCUCACAACAGUCUGACCGUGGUGGUCUUCGCUCUGUCCAUCCUGGCCAGCCUCACGCUCAACGAGAAGGUGGGAGAGAAGCUCUUCGACGCCAAAAACAUCCACCAGACCUUCCAGCUGGUCUUCAACAUCGUUGUCAACGGCGAUGGAACUCUGACCCGGAAGUACUCGGUGGACCUCCUGGUGGACCUGCUGCGUAACCCCAAGAUCGCUGAAUACCUGAGCAGGUAUCAGCACUUCUCCGCCUGCGUGACUCAAGUGUUGGGGCUGUUGCAGUCCAAAGACCCGGACUCUGCUGCCAAGGUCCUGGAGCUGCUGCUGGCCGUGUGCCGGGUCUCGGGUCUGCGUCCGCUGCUGUGCCAGGUGGUCUUCCGACCCGUGGGAGCCAAGGUCCGGGUGGGCAGGACCAACAAGGCGGAGCCCGGUCUGGCGCUGGUGCAGUGGCUGAGUGCGCCUGUGGAGGGCGGCGAGCGCUGCGCGCUGCAGACCCUGGAGCUGCUGCAGGAGCUGCUGGAGGAGGCACUGGAGUCCACGUCCGACUCAGCGCUGAGCUUCCUGGAGAUGCUGCUGCCGGUGCUGCUGGGCCUCCUGGACCAGGGCGGCAUGGACCUGCGCCAGCGCUGCCGGCGGACCACGCGCGUCACCCGCCUGCUGCUCACUCUGUGUGCCCGUGACUCCAGCAGGUCCCUGGUCUCCCGACACCUCAGCGCUCCGCUGCUGCUGUCCCAGGCCGAGUCCCUGAUGUCCUGCCCGGUCCGGGCCUCCGACGCCGACCUCAGUCAGCUGAGCGCCGACUCCCUGCUGAAGACUGUGGAGCUGAUGAGUCGCCUCCGGCAGCAGGUGCCCGACAUGGAGACGGGCUUCUACCGGACCUUACAGGACCAGCGCAUGGUGGGCCCUCUGGCGCUGGCGCUGACCUCUCACCACAGGGAGCUGGUGCAGACCGGCCUCUCGCUGCUCUUGGAGGCCACGCCCCUGCCGGACUUCCCCUCCCUCACCCUCGGCGAAAGCAUCGCCGCCAACAACGCCUACAGGCAGAGGGAGGCGGAGCUUGCCGUCAAGCAUGCGCCGCUGCAGGAAGUCCCGCCCCUGAGGAGCAGCGGCAGCUUCCUGGACGUCUCUGUGGGGUCGGGUGGCGGCGGCGUCGGCGGCCUGGUGGAGAAGAUCCAGACCCACCUGGAGCUGCAGGACCCCACAAAAGAGCCUCGUGUGUCGGACAUCAUCGAGGUUUACGAGCAGCAGCUGGCCACGUUUGCCUCCAAGGAGAGUCGACUCCAGGACCUGCUGGAGGCCAAAGCUCUGGCUCUGUCACAGGCCGACCGCCUCAUCGCCCAGUACCACUUCCAGAGGGCUCAGGCCGAGGCCGAGGCGCGUCAGCUGGGCUCCCUGCUGAAGGAGGCGGAGCGUCGGCGUGAGGACCUGCAGGUGGAGCUGUCCUCUCAGGUCCUGGAGGUGGAGCGCUCCAGAGCCGACAUGGAGGAGCUGCUGCAGCACAACGCUCGGCUGCAGAGGGACUCGGAGGAGCACCAGGCCCUGAAGGGGGCCUACAACGCCUCGCUCAACAGGCUGGGCGACGGUGAGCGGCAGCUGAAGGAGCUGCAGGCGGCUCACGGCAGCCUCAGCAGACACGCCGACAGCCAGAAGAAGAGCCUGGAGGCCCUGCAGCAGCAGCACGACAGGACGCUGGUGCUGCUGGACCAGAGGCAGCAGGAGCUGCUCUCCCUCCAGGCCCGUCUGCAGCAGAAGGACGCCGACCUCACGCAGCUGCAGGGGGCGCUGCAGGAGCAGCAGCAGCAGGGACGUGAGAAGGACGGAGAGAAGCGAGCGCUGGAGGAGACGCUGGACCUUCUGAAGAAGGAGCUGAACAAGACGGAGCAGGCCAGGAAGGAGGCCAGCAUCAAGGCCUCGUCCCUGGAGCUGCAGAAGAGUCAGCUGGAGGCCAAGCUGCAGCAGAAGGAGGAGGAGCUCAGCAAGCACUCAGCCAUGAUUGCCAUGAUCCACAGCCUGAGCAGCGGCAAGAUGAAGAACGACGUCAACCUGUCUCUCUGACCUCCGCCCGUCUCUCUGACCUCCAACCAUCUCUCUGACCUCCAACCAUCUCUCUGACCUCCAACCAUCUCUCUGACCUCCAACCAUCUCUCUGACCUCUGCCCGUCUAUGUGACCUCCGCCCGUCUCUCUGACCUCCAACCAUCUCUCUGACCUCCAACCAUCUCUCUGACCUCUGCCCGUCUAUGUGACCUCCGCCCGUCUCUCUGACCUCCAACCAUCUCUCUGACCUCCAACCAUCUCUCUGACCUCUGCCCGUCUCUCUGACCUCCGCCCGUCUCUCUGACCUCCAACCAUCUCUCUGACCUCCGCCCGUCUCUCUGACCUCCAACCAUCUCUCUGACCUCUGCCCGUCUCUGUGACCUCUGCCCGUCUCUGUGACCUCCGCCCGUCUCUCUGACCUCCAACCAUCUCUCUGACCUCUGCCCGUCUCUGUGACCUCCGCCCGUCGCUCUGACCUCCAACCAUCUCUCUGACCUCCACCUCCAACCUGUCUCUCUGACCUCCGCCCGUCUCUCUGACCUCCACCCGUCUAUGUGACCUCCAACCGUCUCUGUGACCUCCACCCGUCUCCCUCCCCUUUUCCUCUGUCGCUGCAGAAGCUGUUUGUCUCUUGACUGUGAACCUUUGAAUAAAAGUGUUGUGUUUCUGUGGCUCCGACUCCUCGUCUGUGCUGAGCUUCUGUUCCCAGCCUGCAGG